AUGUUCGGGACGCGAUGAGGUCAGAUCACUGAAAGAACUUCAGUCUAAGCUUUCAAUCGAGGAGGAAAAGAAUGAAACACGUUUGAAUUUGGGGAAGGGGGGAGGGAGGCGUGCGUAUUGUCUCUGGGAGCAAAGCGCUUAGUUAGUCGGCAGCACGGAGGGAGGGAGUACACUGAGGGAGGGAAAGAGGUAGAAGGAAGAAAGGAGGCAUCGCAUGUCAACACCGCACACUUCUGGAACGAACGAGGAUGAGCAACAAUUUUGUAAAUUGCAUUAUAGCGUUGGACUUCAAUUAACAGAACUCAAAACUGAAGAACGUAGCUCUGGGCUGAACUUCAAUCACAACCUUGUGCGUUUGACGUUGCACUUCUGGUGCAAAGAUAAGCUACAAGAUAAACGUCUGGGAUGUCUGUCUUUUAAAAACAAAAAAAUAUUAACUUUCAAUUGGGUGCAGUUGCACACUGGCUGUGUUAGUAAUUGGUAUUUUAAACUUCUGUAUUGCAUUCAUUUUUUCUUAGCAUUGAAACUAGCUGGCUUUCAAGAAAACGCAGCCCAUCUAAACACUUCCUGCAAAAUCCGAAAAGUUAUAUUGCGCUCUUACUAGCAAAUCUGCGUCAGCACAGAGAAUCUGAAGACUGUGAAGAUUUCGUGUCGUAGGUGGAGGAAACGACAUGUAGCAAGGUAGACCUAACUGGCUUUGGAUACAUUGGUGAACAACAGAGCUCGAAAGUAUUGCCUACUUUCACUGCUUUUAGUUUUAUCGUUGUAUAGGUCACGGAAAAAUCCUUUAACGGAACUAUAGCAUACUUUUGGGAAAUAUAUAGGCUACGUCAGUCAGAUGUUAAUUUGUUUGUCAAGGACACCCAUUAAGACUGGAAGUCAAAUACGUUCGAGGGGAUAUUUAAUUGUACUACACGGGUAAUGUGUACGGAAAACCACAGGUAUAGGUUAGGUUAAGCUAGGCUACUAUUGAAUAAUAGGCUAGUGAAACGAGUCGGUCCUUGGGCUGCGUGUCCAUGUUUACGCUUUGAAUGUAUUUUUCCUAAAUGAAAAGUGAUUUCCAUCAAUUCCUCUGCUAUGCCAAGGGUUGACACAGGCGGCACAAUCUUCGCAUUAGUAGAUAUUUAUUUGGUGACAUCAAAUUAACUUUUGAAGGAAUUGACGGUAGAUAAGUAUACACCUUUUCACGCGGGAAGCAUUUUUGUACAUAAAUAUACCAAUAUAAUUCGGAGCGACUAUCGACAGUGAUAUAUGGGAAUAAGGAGACAGAAGAAUAGAAGAUAGUGCCAUUUAUCAAUGGACUGACAACCUGCGUUGAUUGCCUCGGAAAAGUGCCUGAAGCAAGGUGGGGAGAUGUGCGAGGGAGUGUGAGCGACGGCCAUGGGAUUGGACAGACUCCGGCUUCUGUGUGUGACAGCCGCCGCCGCCCUCUGUCUGCUGCGUACCUCCCAGGGUUCCGAGUCGUUGGUUCGUGCCAGAGUCGGGGGCGCAGCGGAGCUGGGUUGCAGCCUCGCCCCGCCCUCUUCGGGCGCCACCACGCCCCGCCUCUUCCCCCUGCACGUGGUGGAGUGGGUGCGCCUGGGCUACAACGUCCCCAUCCUCAUCAAAUUCGGAGUGUACAGCCCCCGCGUGCACCCCAGCUACAGGGGCCGGGUGUCUCUGACUCGGGGUGCCUCUCUGCUGGUGGAGGGGCUACGCCUGGAUGACGAGGGCUGGUUCGAGUGCCGCAUCCUCCUGCUGGACAGGACCACGGACGAGUUCCGCAACGGCACCUGGACCUUCCUCUCCAUCACAGCACCACCAGUGUUUUUCAAAACUCCACCCCCGUUCCUGGAGGCCCUGCAAGGCAGCGCUGUGUCUCUUACCUGUGGUGCUCAUGGGAACCCCCAACCAACUGUGACCUGGCAAAAAGAUGAUGCCCCUAUUGAAAAACAAGACAAUGUGAAGGUGCUCAAUGGCACCUUGUCCUUAGCCACGGUGACUAGGGAAAUGGGAGGAAUGUACAAAUGUCACGCCUCAAACUCGGAGGGGAAUCUGUCUCACUCCACACAGCUUCUGAUCAAAGGCCCUCCAAUCAUCAUCAUUCCCCCAGAGGAUGUCACGCUCAACAUGUCUCAGGAUGGCAUUCUGCAGUGCCAGGCUGAAGCCUACCCCACCAACCUAACAUAUGUGUGGCAGAAGCAAGGAGAGAAUGUACACCACAUUGAGUCUCUCAAAACCCGUGUAAAGAUCCUAGUUGAUGGUACCCUCCUCAUACCUCGCCUUCUCCCUGAGGAUGCUGGGAACUAUACCUGUAUGCCCACCAAUGGGCUGCUGACUCCACCCACUGCCUCAGCCUACCUCACUGUGAAGCACCCUGCUCAGGUGGUGCGAAUGCCCCGGGAGACCUACCUUCCAACAGGCAUGGGGGGUGUCAUCACCUGUCCAGUGAGAGCUGAACCCCCCAUGCUCUUUGUUAACUGGACCAAAGAUGGGGACAACCUGGACCUCAACAUGUUCCCUGGUUGGAUGGUGAACUCAGAGGGCUCUGUGUUCAUAGCAACAGCCAAUGAUGACGCAGUGGGCAUGUACACCUGCACUGCCUAUAACAGUUAUGGAACAAUGGGCCAAUCAGAGCCCACUAAGGUGGUUCUGGAGGACCCCCCCUCAUUCCAGGUCUCCCCCCGUGCUGAGUACCUCCAGGAGGUGGGCCGAGAUCUGGUCAUCCCCUGUCAGGGUCGUGGAGACCCCUCUCCCAAUGUCACCUGGAGCAAGGUCGGUCCCCUGCCUCGCUCUCCAUAUACUGUGGCUGCCAAUGGCUCCCUGGUGUUGCGGCCACUCAAGAAAGACCACCAGGGGGCAUGGGAGUGCCACGUCACCAACCGAGUGGCUACCAUCAGCACCAGCACUAUCGUCUUAGUACUGGGUACCAGUCCCCAUGCUGUUUCCUCUGUGUCAGUCAUCCCAGAGAUGAACCAGGCUAAUGUUUCCUGGGAGCCUGGCUUUGAUGGGGGGUACACCCAAAAAUUCAGCGUUUGGCUGAGGCAGGCUUCCAGGGGAAAACACGAGUGGACAUCCCUGCUCGUACCUACCUCCAAGUCCCACCUGCUAGUGACUGGGCUGCUCCCAGGAACCAGCUACCAGUUCAGCAUCUUACCCCAGAACAAACUGGGCUCAGGACCCUUUAGUGAAAUCACUACUAUCAGAACACUGGUUCCCCCAACAGAUCCGCCUAUGAUUGUAACAACGAUACCUAAACUGGCCCCACCAUCAUCGCUAUCUGCCAAUAGGAGCUCAGAGGGGAUUGUGCUGACAUGGGAACUGCCCCUGUCUAAGUCUCCGCCCAUCACUGCCUUUGUGCUCCAAGCACGCCGUGAAAGGGGGGAGUGGUCAAUUCUCAAUGGGGCCAUUGGGGCCAACAAAACUGAGAUACUGGUGGAAGGAUUACUAAAGGACACUGUCUAUGAGCUACGGAUGCUGUCUCGCAGAAACAAGCUGGUCAGUGAGCCUAGUGAGUCAGUCAACAUCUCCACAGCAGGCAUGGAAGUAUAUCCAGUUCGAACAAGCCUCUUGGAGUUUGUCCCUGAGCCGCUAUUGGCUGGUGUGGUGGGUGGAGUGUGUUUCCUGUUUGUGGCCAUCAUCCUCUCCCUGUUGACGGCCUGUAUCAUGAGCCACAGGAGAGACCAGCGGCGCAGGAAAAGGAGGGAUGAUCUCCCCACUGCCCUCCAGAAGAGCCCACCUACGGAAGCUGGCUCGCCUACUGACAGCCCCGACAGUGUCCUGAAACUGAAGCUGUGCCCACCCCUGUCCUUCUUCCCCAACUCUUCAUCCUCCCAGUCGGACCGCUCCUCCUUCGACAAGGCCAGCCGCAGUGAAUAUCAGGACCAGCGGCGGCAGCUCCUGUCCAGCUCCUCACCCCCACCCCACUACACCCUCUUUGAGAGCCACCUCGGGGGCACGUCUUCCCCAACCUCUGCCUUGGAGUCCAUCUCCCGGGGGCCCGACGGGCGCUUCAUUGUCCAGCCUUACGACAAGAGCUCCACCCCCAGCAACAUCAAGAUAAGCUUAAAGAAGGACUUCCCACAGUGUUCAGCAGGGGGCGACAGCAGCACAGGCAGCAGCAGAGCGUCUUACAGGGGCUCUCCAAAAUCGGAUUCCCUAGACUCCGAAAGUGCAGAGAAGAAGAACCCCUCCCCAGUCCUCACAGUAGACCUGCCCGGCCCCAGCAAAAUCUCACAUUCUCCCGGGCGGGUCAAGGCGAUGGCCAGGAACUUUUCCCGUCAUGGCUGCUUCUACUCAGAUGAUGAGCAGGGCUGCUCUGAGGCUCUGCUAGAGAGGGCCAGCUUCUACUCUGACAGCAGCGAGAAGAGGGACUAUGACCCUUUGAAGAAGUACCGCAUGUCUGUCCACCCAGAAGGCGUGUUCCCUAGCCUUAACCGAAAAACAAGGGAGGCGGAGAGAGAGAGGCUCCAACCCAGCUUGGAGAGUGAGAGUCAGCUGACCAACACCAGCACCCUGGUGUCCCAGAUGGAACAUGAGCGAGAGAGGGACAACCUGAGCAAGUGCCUGCAGCUGGCACGGGAGCGAGAAGAGAUGGAGAGGGAACUGGAGCGAUAUACCGCCAGCCAGAGGGUGCGAGAAGCAGAUACAACAGGAAGUAGGAGGGAGCGGAAGGCCCAGGCUGAGGAGCCCAUUUGGAAGUUGCAAGAUGUCACCCUUCGUCAAAAAGCCCAUCAUAUCAGUGGUCAGGCUCAGCGGAUGUCCGACUACAGGAGAGGCUGCUACUUCGGAAACACCAGUAGCCCCAUGGGAAGGACCUCUUCCUCCUCUUACAUCCAUUGGGAUAUUAGCCCUGUCACAUCUGUAACCAGCUUGGUCCCAUUGCAGAGCCCCCUGGAAAAUAUCACACAGAGGUCGCAGCAGCCAUGCUCACCCCCAGCAGGUGCAGCCACGAGGGACUCUGUGAUCGUGGACUGUUCCCGUUCCCCUGUGACUCAGUGCACAUCCCUGUCCCUCCUCUCCCCAACCACUCACAGCCUGCCCCUGCUUUCUGGGGGUCUGUGUGGGACUAAGACAAGGUAUCCUGAGAGAUCCCUGCCAGAAGAAGACUGGAGGGCACAAAGAGAGGGGCUUGAGGGCACUUUCUUUUCUGUGGGAGCCAACGAGAGGGUCAGCAGUCCAGAUCAAGGAGCUUUUGUAUCAAGGUCCUCCCUCAAUUAUAAUGUCCGGAAGAUUGAUCCAGGACUGGAGCCAGCAGGAGAAAGCAACGUACACUGUGCUGAAAUGGAUAAAGUGAGGGCCUUGAGUCCUUCUCACUCUCACGAUGAAUCCUCUCCCCACCACCCUCCAAAGAGGGAAGGAGGGAAGGACAGCAGUGUUGAGCAGGAAAUGCAGAGCCAUACUGAGGGUGCUACCUUGCCUUAUGAGCACCGGAAAUCCACAGAAAGGGGUAAAGAUAAACAGAGAGAGAGCAAGACCAGAGACAGUACCGGUAGCCCUCUACUGUCCCCAGAGUUUGAGAAAGAGUGUGUUAGGGCACGCUCGAGAAAGAGCGACAAAUGCCUUUACAGCAGUAGCCCCAGUUACGGGUCCCCUUUAACUCUUCUAGAAAAUGAAAGCGACAGUGACCAGUCAAAUUACUCUGUUGCCAGAAUGUCAGACUCUCUGAAACCUAGGUUGGUGAUGCAACCUUCCAAAAUAUCUCUUCUGCAGACAAGUGCAAUUCUUGAGUAUUUGAGUCUUCCUGGGUUCAUUGAGAUGAGUGUGGAUGAACCCGUUGAUGAAGCCGCAGACCCGGCCUGGCCAAGCAUAGAUGAGAGGUCUGAAAACCUUUUGCAAGGUGGGCUUGAUAUGGUUUCAAAAGACUGGGAAACUCAAGAUUCUGAAACAAAAUCAAGUCCCAAAAAUGCUGAAGACAGACCUCUAGGUAGCCAGAGUGCAGAUUCAGGGCCAAGUGAAGGGCUAGAGUGUAGACAUUCCUCAGUGUUGGAUACAAGAGAAAGAAGCUUGAAGGUUAGGGCUUCAAACAAAAACAUCAAACGAUCACUGAGAUCAGAAAGUGAAACAGAACAGAGUUACCAUUUGGAAUUGCAACCACUACUCCCCGACAAGACUCCAUCAUCAGGUUUAGAGGCACAGCUUGCAAGAACAGACCUCAGUCAGACAUUAGUCCAUACUGCUAAGGAUGUGGCAGAUGUCCUGUCCAGAGCUCCUGAAUGUUUUACAAGUAGACAGGAGCCUGCCUUGGAACAAUCCCAAAGACUUGAUACUCAGGGCAAUAGGACUAACAGAAUAUCUUCUAGGAUCUACCAGGCUCCUAUGCCUUUCAUGAAGAAGUCAUUAAGUUUGGGUCCAAGUGGAACCCUCUCUGUCAUGGGACCUCCAAGACCUCACCUAAAGAAGUCCAUUAGCUUAGGGUCACAGAGAUGGGAGCAUUAUGAGAGCCCCAGGAAUUAUGUCUCUGAAAAGUGUUAUCGGGAUGAAUUCCCAAACCCAGAUGUCCGGAUCAAGUCUUUUAGCUUAGGUCGGACCUCAGCAUAUCCCUUCUCCUCUAGACCAGGCCCCUUCUGGCGAGGAUCAGCCACCUUUCGACCACAGAGUACCAGAAGCCUCGAGAGUCCUCCUUGUCCAGAGAGGUCUUCAGUCACUCCACCUCGUCUCGCGCCUUUACCUCCACCUAUGGAGCCCCUGAGGCACCCAGAAGCCUCAGCUUCCACAAGGCGACAAUCUUCAGACCCUCGUCGGCAGGCUACUGCUUUCCCUGACUCAUCCAGGUGGCCCAUGACCUACCAGGAGGCUCUGAGGUCCGUGCAGCAUAAGUCAGUCCCCCGUGACCCCUCCCAGUUUCAGGUCUUCCCCAGACAAUUGAUGAGGGUGGAGUACCCAAGACCUCUCGAAUCCAAGCGGGGCCCACCACGAGCCUUCUUACCCCGGGGCUACAGUUGGCCCUCACCCUACCACUCCCCAUUCCCUCCCCGGGAACCGGAAGGCGGAAGACAGAGGGAGAGGGAGUCAGGAAAGGGGGCUGAGGUGGAGAUCAGGGACUGCAGGGAUGGGAAAGAGGGCAGGGCCAGUUAUGCUAGUCAGAGCAGCGGCAGGGGCAGUGUGGGGCCCUCGUACACUCACGCCUUCCUUCGCCAGUCCCUCUCUCUCACCCCUACCCUCCCCAGCUCCCCAGAGACCACUGAAGAAUCAGAAAUGCACAAAGCCGAAAUGGAGCUGCAAAGCAGGAGACUAGCCAAAAGGAGAAACACAUCAGUUGAUGAGAGCUAUGAAUGGGAUGCAACUGAUCUUGCUGUGGAGUCAGAAUUCCUGGAGGCCACAAAAACAGAUUAUGCCCAGGAGGGUGUAGGAAAGGGUAGAGGGGAGCGGAGAUAUCGCCCUUGCUCUACUGCUGGCCUCCGGGACCCUCGUAGCAAAGGCCUGUUCCCCUCGGUCAGUCCACCUUUGUCCACCCCCCCACGUGGCCUGUACGCUCGCUCGCUCAGUGAGGCGCGAUUUAAUGCCCUCCGCCAGGAGUAUCAGGAGUACCGUCGUACCCAGGAGUCCAUCUGUUCCCGAGAUCCUUGCCUCUCCCCUGACCCUGACCUCGACCCCAACACCGCACUGCUCUGACAGCCAAAAUGUUCUGAACCUUCCAAAGGAGGGGCCAAAUAGUAUCUGAUUCAUCUGUGCACAAGAGAAAACUUUCAGGAUGCAAAGUGAUUGGACGUUAGUUGACCAUGAAGGCUGUUGAUUGAACAGUUUAAAGCCAGUGUGCUAGAUGACAACACUGGAGAAUUAUUGGACAGCAUGGGAUUUCAGUCCAUAUUCACCUAAGACUGAAACUGAAUUUCCUCCAGAACUCUGACGGAGAACUGAUAGCACAACCAAAAGAAAUCUGCAGGAUUUCAUAAAUAUACAAUCUCCAAUGAGUAAUGUUACAAGGAAGGGAAAUGAAUUCACUGCUUGUCGUUUGAUCCAUUUCAAAUUGGCAGGCAUCUGGGGUUGGUUCUUCUUGAAGCCCAUAUAACAAGCUGAAUACCUCUAGGUUAUCCUGAUUUCAGUCCUUUAGAUGGGUGAAUAUAGAUUUAUAUUUCUGUUUCAUCUGUAUUUAUCAGUACCAGCUUUCUUCUGUGCAAGCUUUCACAGAAGGUCAGUGGAAUUCAGUAUUUUAUGACUCACAGUAAAUGGAACUGGACGGUAUUUAUAAUUAGACCAACACAAGACAAAAGGCUUAGUAAACAGUCUGUCAGGUAGGUCCUUUGCUUGGUUAGUUCAUGUUUGCAGAAACACUAUUAUAUCUGAAGGACUGUUAUGUGCUUCCCUGUGGUCUCAGAGCCCUGUAUAAUCACCAUCAAUUUUAAGUACAGGCAGACUGCUGUUGCAGGAGUCUAGAGCUAUCAGUGAUCUGGGGCCUGUGGUACCAGAUGAAAUAAGAAUAGCUUGCCUGUUUUGGGAUUGAGUACAGUGGUGGUUCUGAAGAGGACAGUGAGUUGGUAGCAUAUGAAACAAAGGAAAGUUUCUUAAGGAAAAAAGCCAGAUCCAUAAAAAAUAGGCUUUUACCAGAAGCUUUCCCAGACUGGUCAGACAAUCAAACAGUAAAGCCCCCUCUUCAAAGAUACAACUGGAAAAGCAAGAUGAUAAACUUUAUUCUCAAUCUCUCAAUUUUCUAAAAAAAACAUGCUCCUUUAGAUUAAGUUGUAGGCAUACGUUAGUUCUGGACAGUGUUUAUGACCAGGCUCAAGCCCUAUUGGUUUUAACCGUGAUUCACAGGAGAGCUUUAAUGGGGUAACAAGCCAUAACAGGUCCAGGUAACCAAUCAUUUGUUUUGUUUAUAGAAAAUCUUGUAUAUUUUUUAAUUGUUUUUUUCCAUUGUUUUAUAUAUUUUGUAGCAUUUUAUGAAAUAACCAUAUUUUAUUUGUAGAACUUCUCAGUGCUCUUUCACAAAUUGGAUCAAAACACGCAACAUGGACACAUAAUGAGAACAGAAUUGUUUUUGUUUGGUUAUGUAUCUCCUGUAAAAAAAACAAAAAGCUGAAAAAUUGUGUAUAAAAAUAUGUAUAAUAUUUGGAGCCAGCUGCAGAGGAGGAAUAUAUGUGAAGGUAGAAUUCAAGAAGUUGUGGCAUUUCUCUACUGGGAAAGAUAAAUCUUUCUUCAUGCUCUGUUGUCAGUAGAAGUGUCCACAGGGCAGACAGUGAGUGAACUGCAUAUGCUGGGUGUUGAGCACCUUAAUCACCUGACCAUAUUGAAGAAGCUUAAUACCAUAUAUAUUAUUAGUUCAGAUUGCCAUGAGCUGCUAUCCAAGCUAUUUGGAUACCACUUGUAAGUUAAGCCUUGUGUUAAAAACAUCUUUAUCUGUUUUUAAAGGCAUAUAUUUUCACAUUUUAAAACUGUUAUGAAGUAGAAGUAUAUUGGCAUUUGGUGAAGGUUCUUAGGAAAAAUCUAUUUCAAUCAAUAGAUUUUUCAAUCAAAUCAAUUUCAAAAUUUUGUACCCUAUCAAACUGAAUGAACAACUGAAAGACACCCAUUUAAUCCAGCAUAUUCGCCUGCAUAUCCACAUCCAGUCUUUCGAUGAGAUCAUUCAGAUAGUCAGACUCUUGUGUACAGAUGUCUAAAACAGGCUUCAGAUUUAUGAUGUUGUUUUGCUUUGUCUGUUUUGUGGGCAAUUGUUAACAUCUGUCUUACUUUUCAUUGGAUGCUUUGUCAUGAGGCUUUGUUUCUGCUACACCAGAAAUACACAAGUUUUUCCAUUUUUCAUUUUUUCAACACUCAAAGAUGUCAUAAUUGUAUAUUCCAUUGAUGACAGAUUAAGUUUGUAUUUUUAAUCGGACCAUAGCCCAGUGCCUAAUGCAGUUUUGCACCUUUGCUCAAAAGAUGGAUUGACAUUAAUGGGAGGAAAAAUAUCACCAAGUCUAGUAUACACACAUUACCUUCAAUCAUAAUUUCAAUGAAACAAAAAAUAUGCCAUUUCUUGAAUUUAAUAAACAUUUUGAAAUAAGCAUUAUACUUUCAUAAUGAUUAGGUCAUGUUUUUGAAUCACCAUUAUAUUCAUUCACAUUGUUGCAGUUAACAUGUUGAUGCGCAAAGAUGAUGUAUAAGUGCACUACAUAAGUGUCCUUCAUCAGUGUGAAAAUGUGUGAAUAGACACCUCAGUGCUGGUAAAUUGUACUUCUCUGUUGGCUCUUGGCAGUGUCUGUUAUGUGCUUGAAUUUCUAUUGUAAGGAUUGUUUGCUUCUUGAAGCAAAGGCCCAUUUUUAGAUUUUGUACAGUUAAAGCCAAUUGAAGUUGCAUUGUUUUUCAUUUUUUGAAAGAAUGAAAAGGUCAGAUUUUUACAUUUUUUAAAGACAAAAAGAAAUAAAAGGAGAGAACAGAAACCUUAUCUUAUAUUUAAGAUGUUGCUGUAAAUUUUUUUAUUGAAUUUAGAAUGUCAUCUUUUUGAGAACUUUUUCAGGUUUUGUACAAAUUUGGAGGAAAAUUUUAUGUCCAGUCGUUAUGUUGCUGUUUUUAAUGUUGUAAAUGUUAUUUUUAUAUGUUUGUUUGUAAAAGAUUGAAUAAAUUGCAUUUAAAUGGAUUUUCUGUUGUUACCUAUUCUGGUGAAGGUAAUGGGGAGGGAGGUAUCCUUGCUUGACAGGGAUAGUCCCACUCUACAUAUUAUGUAUUUACUGCUGAGUCUGCUCCAAUUAAAUAUUUACACAUUUCAA